CGCAGGAAGGGACGGGGCGGCUCCGGGGAGGAUCCCGAGCGCCUGCGCCGCGGACGGGCCCGGAAGGCUGCGGGAGCGGCCGUGGCGGCGGUGCCGGGCGGGCGGGGGUCGCGGCGCGGGCCGGGGCAGCAGGAUGCUGCCAACCACGCUGGUUAACCCUGGGAGCCAUGGCAAUGGUGUGCUGAGCCCCAGAGAUGCUGCGAGGCACACGGCCGGAGCGAAACGCUACAAGUACCUCCGGAGGCUGCUCCACUUCCGACAGAUGGACUUCGAGUUUGCGCUCUGGCAGAUGCUCUACCUGUUCACUUCACCACAGAGGGUUUACAGGAACUUUCACUACAGAAAACAGACAAAGGACCAAUGGGCGAGAGAUGAUCCUGCUUUCCUGGUGCUGCUCAGUAUCUGGCUCUGUGUGUCUACUGUAGGAUUUGGAUUUGUGCUGGACAUGGGUUUUUUUGAAACAAUUAAACUGCUACUUUGGGUUGUAUUCAUAGACUGUGUGGGCGUCGGGCUCCUGAUUGCAACUCUGAUGUGGUUCAUUUCAAAUAAGUACUUAGUGAAGCAGCAGAACAGAGAUUAUGAUGUGGAGUGGGGAUAUGCCUUUGAUGUACAUCUGAAUGCUUUCUACCCUCUUCUAGUCAUCCUGCAUUUUAUCCAGCUGUUCUUCAUCAACUAUGUCAUCAUAUCUGAUUCUGUCAUUGGGUAUUUUGUUGGGAAUACGUUAUGGCUGAUUGCAAUCGGCUAUUACAUCUACGUGACAUUCCUGGGAUACAGUGCACUGCCCUUUUUGAAGAACACGGCUAUUCUUUUGUAUCCAUUUGCACUUCUCAUCAUGCUCUAUUUGAUCUCAUUAGCAUGUGGAUGGAACUUCACCAAGAUGCUUUGUUCCUUUUAUAAAUACAGAGUGAAAUAAAACUAGGACUUCAUGUAUCUAAUGUUUAUUUUGUUUCUACCUUAGCCAUUUUGACAGUAAAGAAAAAAUUAGGAACAUUUUGUAAAUGGUUGUAAAUUUCUCUUUAUUGUAGAUAACUGUGUAAAAAAGUUUGAAGUGUCCUUUUUUAUUAAAAUAUUUACAACAGUAAA